AUGUAUCAGGUUGGCCAUUCCGAAGUAGGUUUCUGCGGAGUCAUGGGUGGCAAGUCUAGGAUUGGCGAUCAAGAGCCACCGGGUGAUGGUGGCGAGCCUCAGGCUGAGCCGGAGGCUGAACCCAUUUCUGAACAAUCUGCUCCGGAUGGUCCCCCUUCGAUCGCUGUAGAAGAACCCGCAGAAGGGCAUUCCGGAGGUGAUAACCACGACAGUGACGACCACAAUGAACAUGAACACGCUCACGAUCACGAUCAUGAUCACGACCACAGUCACGAAGAGGAUCAUGAGCAUGAUCAUGACCAUGAACAAGAGCAUGCUCAUGAAACAGAAGAAGAAGAGGAACAGGAAGAGGAAAUAUCCGAAGAGGAUCUACUCCAGACUUCGCAGCCGGUUACUAAAGCACAUGACAACUACGAGACUAGUGAAACAAUCCUACUGACUCUAGCAGCACCACCCAGCCAGUAUUCUAGUAACCGGCUACGAAGUCUGUCGAUAGAGAAGGGUAAUGUCUAA